AUGGACCCGCCGGGGCCGGCGCAGGGCCAGCACCAGCACGAGCCCAUCAGCUUCGGCAUCGACCAGAUCCUCAACAGCCCCGAGCAGGACAGCGCUCCCCCGCCGCCCCCCCGGGGCCCCGACGGCGCGACCUUCCUGGGCGGCCCCGGCGGCCGCGGCGGCGCGCCCUACCCGGCCCUGCCGGCCCCCUUCCCGGCCAUCGCCGCGCCCUUCGAGGACUCGGGAUCGUACAGUGUGAACCUCAGCCUGGCCCCGGCCGGCGUGAUCCGGGUGCCGGCGCACAGGCCCAUCCCCGGGGCCGUGCCGCCGCCCAUCUCCAGCGCCAUCCCGGCUAUGCCCGCCGUGCCCAGUCUGGGCAGCCUCAACUUCCCUUGGAUGGAGAGCAGCAGGCGCUUCGUCAAGGACAGGUUCACAGCGGCGGCGGCGCUGACGCCCUUCACGGUGACACGGCGGAUCGGGCAUCCCUACCAGAACCGGACUCCGCCGAAGCGCAAGAAGCCGCGGACAUCCUUCUCCCGAGUGCAGAUCUGCGAGCUGGAGAAGCGCUUCCAUCGGCAGAAGUACCUGGCCUCGGCCGAGCGCGCUGCCCUCGCCAAGUCCCUCAAGAUGACGGACGCCCAGGUGAAGACCUGGUUCCAGAACCGGCGCACCAAGUGGCGGCGGCAGACGGCGGAGGAGCGGGAGGCCGAGCGGCAGCAGGCGAGCCGGCUGAUGCUGCAGCUGCAGCACGACGCCUUCCAGAAGUCGCUGAACGAGUCGAUCCAGCCCGACCCGCUGUGCCUGCACAACUCGUCGCUGUUCGCACUGCAGAACUUGCAGCCCUGGGAGGAGGAGAGCGCCAAGAUCCCCCCGGUCACCUCCCUCGUCUGA